AUGACAUUUAGCUUAGAUAGGGAGGGCAUUCAGUUUAUGCACUAUUUAAUGAAAGAUGGACAUUAGAGUUUGAUAACAGAAAGUGAAAGAGAAAUAUAUGAAUAGAAACAGUUUAAUGGCCUAAGAAGUAAAAUAAGAGAUACCAGCUUAAAAGCAUUUGGCAUAUUCUUUGUAGCACACUAUGGUCUGAGUAAAAUAUUUGCUAAACAGCUUUAGCCUAUGCAGAAUUUACUUGUUGGUCAAAGAAUAUUUUUUUCAGGACUAGUUGGAUUUUACGUGGCCUAUGCAAGCUAUUAAACCUGGUCAAAGACAAUAGAUGAUUUUGGAUAAGUCAAAAUAGCUUAGAAUCCAAAGGAAUUUGAGAAAUUCUAAGAACUAAAUGUAUUUAAAGGCUUUUGA